GCAUAUGUGGUGUGUGCCAAAUGUUGGCCCAGUCAUCAAUUAUGUAUGCCUCCUCCAUUUCAUAAGCCGACGAGAAGCAUUUCGAUCAAUCAAAUUGAAAAAUGCAUUCCCAUGAAAUGGAGACAGAGCAACAAACAACCGUUGAAUAUCCAAAAGGAAAGCAAACAGAAACCUUAUUUCUCCCAUGAAAUCAUUUCAAGAUUAUAUGACCAAACUGAUAAUUAUAUGGUAAAUAGCCUUCUCGCAAUGUUAAACGACUUUGCUAGCCAAGGUCACUUGUCCAAAGCCUUCAGGAUUUUUUCGCUCAUUCAAGGCCAUGCGUUAGCAUCUUCCUCUUGUGAUUCUAUUGCUGGGUCAUUGUCAUCCCUGCUGUUAUCUUGUACCAAUCACAAAAGGCAAACAGCUCCAUGCCAAGGCUCGAACAUUUUGCAUCCUUUACCUUGGAAUGUCCUUAUUUCAUCAUAUGUCAAUAAAGGGCAUUUUAAUGAAGCUAUAUUUUCCUAUAAACAAAUGGUUCACAAGGGAGUAAGGCCCGAUCAUUUCACCUACCCGUCCGUUCUCAAAGCGUGUGCUGAGCAAUCAACUCUUGAUUUCGGAAGAGAAGUUCACAAAUCUAUCGAUGCUAGCUCUCUCAGGUGGGACUUGUUUGUGCAGAAUUCAUUGAUAUCCAUGUAUGCAAAGUGUGGCGAUCUGGAAACCUCCCGUUGUAUUUUCGAAAAAAUGCCGACUAGGGACCAAGUCUCGUGGAACUCAAUAAUCUCAGGAUAUGCCUAUAGAGCUUUGUGGGAUGAGGCUUUCAAGCUUUUUGAAAGGAUGAGAGCAGCUCGUAUGGACAUAAACAUCAUAACAUGGAACACUGUGGCUGGAGGUUGCUUGAAGACAGGCAAUUUCAAGGGGGCUCUCGAAUUGAUCUGUCAGAUUAGAGAAAGUGUUGGGCAUCUUGAUCCUGUGGCGGUUAUAAUUGGGUUGAAUGCGUGCUCUCAUAUUCGUGCUCUGCGAACAGGAAGAGAACUUCAUGGAUCGGCCAUUCGAAAUGCUUCCAUUGACUAUGAUAAUGUGAAAAAUGCACUGAUUACCAUGUAUUCCAGGUGUGGCUACCUUUCGCAUGCGCAUAUUAUGUUUAGAUUGUCCGAAACUAAAAGUGUAGUUACCUGGAAUUCGAUCAUAUCCGGUUUUGCACAGUGGGACCGGCCCGAAGAAGCCACGUAUCUCUUUAAAGAACUGUUGCUUGUCGGCAUUAAACCGAAUUUCGUGACUCUUGCGGGGAUUCUACCCCUUUGUGCCAGGGUGGCGAAUCUGAGACACGGGAAAGAAUUCCACUGCUACAUUUCCAGGCGUGAAGAAUUUCAGUGUCCCCUGUUGCUUUGGAAUUCUCUUAUAGAUAUGUAUGCAAGGUCGGGUAAAGUUUCAACCGCCCGAAAAUUGUUUGAUUUGCUUGAGAACAGAGAUAUAGUUUCGUACACGUCGAUAAUAGUUGGGUACGGCGUGCAAGGCAAUGGUAAAGUUGCUGUCGAGUUAUUCGAACAAAUGAUAAGAUCCGGAAUAAAGCCCGAUCCAGUGGCAAUGGUUGCUAUUUUGUCAGGUUGUAGCCAUUCAGGCCUCGUGGCUCAAGGCCAAUUGUUCUUCGAAAAAAUGGUGACUGUUUUUGGCAUAAAUCCCGAUCUGGAGCAUUAUUCUUGCAUGGCUGAUCUAUAUGGGAGGGCCGGCUUGCUGAGGAAGGCAAAAGAUAUUAUCCUAGGGAUGCCUUAUGAGCCACCCCCCGAAAUGUGGGCCACGCUCAUCGGGGCAUGUAGAAUCCAUGGGGACACUAAUAUUGGGGAAUGGGCUGCCGAGAAACUUCUAGAAAUGAGGCCCCAAAAUUCGGGUUUUUAUGUGUUGAUUGCGAACAUGUAUGCUACUGCCGGUUGCUGGGGUAAAUUGGCAAAAGUGAGAAGCUUUAUGCGGGAUUUGGGCGUGAGGAAAGACCCUGGCUGUGCCUCGGUUGAUACUGGAGAUGGGUUCGAGCCAUUUAUGGUCGAGGACAGUUCAAACAGUCAAGCGGAUGAGAUAUACUCCUUGCUGGGCGGGCUGACUAAGCAAAUGAGAGACAUGGAUGACGUAGUUCACGUUAACUUUGAAGCUGAAGGAGAAUAUUUGACCGAGAAUUUUGAGCCGUAAUUACUCCUGGCUGACAGUAAAUUCAGUGGCGGAUCUUGGAUUUGAUGUUAGAGGCUGUGGUAAGGCAAAGAGACAAUUCCCUGCUUGCUGCUGCUAAUGCUCUGCAAGAGGCUUGUAGUGCAGAAAGACUGCUCAACUUCUUAUGCACAUUAUUCCUCGCUGAAGGUGAUGACUUCCAACCCCGCGUUGACUGAUUCUUAAAACUCCAGCACGACCUGGACCACACGAGUUCUUCACGAGAGUACAAUCAAAGGGGCGUCACCUCUGAUGUAGAUGUCUGUNGAGGAUCUCCAAGCUGAAAAAGAGAUCCAUCAAUUACAUUAACAAGAGAAAAGAGGCUGNNNNACCAGAAAAUGGGUGGAAUCUUUGCAGGAAAAAUUGGAUCUUGUUUUCGUUGACGCCCCUUUUCCGUGCUUGGGCAAAUCCGACGUCAAUGUGAUCUUUUAUCCUUCUUAUUACAGUCCUUACAGUGGUUCAGUUGAACAAGGAUCUUUUGUAAAAUGACUGCUAGUUGCUGGGGAAUCAGCUCAAUGAUCUUCUUUAGAGAGAGUUCGGGUCUGAGUUCAUGGAAAAGUUCGAGAACACCCGAGUCCUACCUCAGUAUGAAGCAUUAGCAUGGCUGUGUGGAGGAUUGGGAUUUUUCGCGUCUCUUGGGCUAUUGGCUGUGUGGAAUGACAAGGCUUCUAAAAUACCAUUUGACAUGAGUGACGUGUGCCGCUUCAAAGAAGUAUGGUAUGAUCGUUGAGGAAGAGUUUCAUAUGCUUUUUUUCACAGUUGCAGUGAAUGAAAUAGUGGCCUUCCCUUUGAUUGUAAUAACAUUGACACUAGCCCACCUCUUGAUUUUGGUAGAUUGGAACUUUUGGAAUCAAAUAUGAUUGUGGAACAGGUUAUUGACUCUUUACCCGUGUAUGAGAAAGUGCAGAGGAAAAAUAACUCCUCUUGGCUUCCUAGGCACGGCUUUAGGAAGUCAUUUUUCACGCAUUCGGUUCGGCCCUUUACAUUCGGAAUUCCGUCAGGCAAGGAGGAGGAGAAGGCUGAAGUUGAUGGCAAGAAGGCUGAAGUUCAACGUGAUUUCCUUGUUUUCCGGUCCGAAUUAGAGGAGGAUGAGUUUACAUUUGAUGUCUUGCAUAGACUUUGACCAAAUAUUUAUUUAAAGCCGGGCGAAGUGGACUUUGGGCACCAUUACCUCCAGUUUAAUAAACACGCCAAAGAAUUAACCAAGAAUAAGUUCAAUUAUUUUUUCUUGGCAGAGGAGAUGUACGAUAUCGUAAUGAAACUGUUUGGUAAGUGUUCCAUUUAAGAAAUGCAUGAGCUUGCGAAGAUUGGAGAAGCUAUUGCCGUUCUAUGCAAUGGUUGACAUCUUCAGCUUUUCAGCUUACCGAGUACCAAUAUUUUUCAAAUCCGAGAAAU